CAGAGCCCACUAGAAGAUUUCUGGCUCUUCUCGCUGCAGUAAAUGCCCAAAGCAGGGAAGUGGGACUGCCAGAAUGACAGAGCAUCGGUCUGCUGAAACUCCUCCUUGUGGCCAUGCAAGAAAGAGCCUGUCCCCUUGACUGAUUUCAGAAGCCCUCUGCCCUACCCUGCAAGUCCUUAGGGAACCUGAGCAGCACAGGCACAGAUCUUAGAGCCAAAUGUGCUGCUCAGUGCAACAGUAAAGCAACUCGACGUGGCACUAGCGAGGGCUGCUCGAGACUGACUGUUUGCAUGAAGAAAUGAACGGCGCGCAGGAUGCGGCGGAGCCGGCGCCUGUGUGGGAGCGGCCCUGGUCGCUGGAGGAGAUCCGUAAGGGCAGCCAGAGCUGGUCCUUGGCCUCGGACGCGGGGCUCCUGCGCUUCCUGCAAGAGUUCUCCCAGCAAACCAUCUCCAGGACCCACGAGAUCAAGAAGCAGGUGGACGGGCUGAUCAGCGAGACGAAAGUCGCCGACUGCCGCCUUCACAAUGUCUUCAACGACUUCCUCAUGCUGUCCAACACGCAGUUCAUAGAGAACCGAGUAUAUGAUGAAGAAGUGGAAGAGUCUAUACCAAAAACAGAUGCUGGGGAGAAAGCAGAGCAGGAAAAGACACGGGAACAGAAAGAAGCUGAUCUAAUCCCCAAAAUACAAGAAGCAGUGAAUUAUGGGUUGCAAGUUCUGGACAGUGCAUUUGAACAGCUAGACAUCAAAGCAGGCAACUCUGACUCAGAAGAGGAAGAAAGUAAUGAGAGGGUAGAGCUGAUACUUGAGCCAAAGGAUCUCUAUAUUGACAGACCUUUACCUUACCUGAUCGGCUCCCAGCAGUUCAUGGAACAAGAUGAUGUUGGCCUUGGAGAUUUGACUAGUGAGGAAGGAUCAGUUGAUAGUGAUCGUGGAAGUGUACUUGACAGUGAAGAGAAAGAUGAAGAGGAAUCAGAUGAUGAAUUUGGAAACCCCAGUGAGGAUGAACAAAAGAUGAGGGCAGCACAGAUGAGUGAUGAAGAUGAUUAUGAAGGUUGUGAUCUCUUUGACUCUGAAAAAGAAGAAGAUGAGGAUGGAGACUUUGAGGAAACCACAAGACCUAAAAAGAAAAGACCAACGUCAUUUGCUGAUGAGCUUGCAGCCCGAAUCAAAGGAGAAAUACCAGUUAAACAGGAGGAAGAGCGUUCGUCACUGUCACCAGAGAUCAAGCCGAGGAAAACUCCAAAAGAGAAGAAGGAAGUUAAAGUUCCAUCAGAUGACGAUGAAGAUGACAUCUUCAAGCCUCCCAAGCUGACUGAUGAAGAUUUCACACCGUUUGGUUCUAAGGGUGGUCUCUUCAGUGGUGGUACAGGUCUCUUUGAUGAUGAUGAGGGUGAUCUUUUUGCUGAAGCACUGAGAGAAGAUUCAAAAGAGCAAGAGGAGCAAGUUCCUAUCAGCACAGGAGGGAGCGAUGUCUUCAGUUCUUCUGUAAUUGUGGAAAAAGACAAGAAACCUUCAGCACAGAGCACAGAAAAAGCUCCUAAGCAGCCUGGAAAAGUUGUUCUUUUUGAUGAUGAUGAUGAUGACUUCUUCAUGGGAACAACUAAAAAGCCUCCAGGUCCAGUCAAAUCUGCAGCUGACCUAUUUGAUGAUGACGAUGAAGGUGACUUAUUCAAGGAGAAACCUGCCAUUCCUCCUGUGGCUGCUAGCACAACUAAAGAAGCAGAGAGUGAAAAGGAGACAGCCAUAGCAAAAAAGAGUCAGCCAUCUUCAGGUGAUGACUUCAAGCCUUCAUCUGAAACACCUCAAAGGAAACAGAGGGGCCUCUUCUCAGAUGAGGAGGAUUCUGAAGAUUUGUUUUCAUCAAGUAAAACUGUGACAUCAAAAGCUACAUCUCUCCCCACCAGCAAGUCCACGACGAAAGCUCCGCUCUCUUUGUUUGAUGAUGAUGAAGAGGAUCUCUUUGGUGUGGUACCUGCCAAGAAGCAACAGGAAAAGCUCCAAGAAGAGAAAGCAAAACAGUCAGAGCCACACAAGAAAGCCUCCAGCUUAUUGUUCAGCAGCGAUGAAGAGGAACACUGGAAUGUCUCCAAGCCACUUAAACUUCCUUCAGAAGAUAACCGUAAAGAGGACCCUGCAAAACCAUCUAGCACCAUCAGUCAGGCUAAAGCUGUGAAGAAGACGAGCCUAUUUGAGGAAGAUGAUGAGGAGGAUUUAUUUGCAAUCACUAAAGAGAGCCAAAGAAAGCCACAGAGGAUAUCACUGCUGUUUGAAGAUGAUGCUGUUACUGGAGAAUCACUCUUCAGUUCCCAAUCAACGCCUCCUUCAGCUGCUUCAGUGGAGAAAAAGCCAGCACAAGCACCACCCUUGUUUAACGAAGAGGAAAAAGAGGAAAAGGAUGAUCGACCACAUAUGGCAAAGUCUAACCAGGCAGAAGAUACGCUGUGGUCUUCAGAAGAGCCUGAAGCAGUUCCUGUACCUAGAGGAACAGACCUUGUAAGGCAGGUGACAAAGGAAAAACCUUUUGCCGCAACAUCUUUGGAGUCAGAUCUGUUUGCAGCAUCACCACCAGCUCUGGAGAAAGAUGCCAGUGUCCAAGCUAGGAAAGCGUUAAGCUUAUUUGAUGAGGAGGAAGAGGAGAGACUGGAAGAUGAUGGCAUUAAAAAUGCACACAAAGGCAAUGAUGUGCCUUCUGAGAAGAACAUUCGUCCCAAAAGCACUGGUGUCUUUCAAGAUGAAGAGCUUCUUUUCAGUCACAAACUUCAGAAGGACAAUGAUCCGGAUGUUGACCUCUUUGCCAGUCCUAAGACGUCAAUGUCUGCAAAUCGUAUCCUGAAACCAUCAUCUGGAGGAAGUAUUUUUGGGGAUGAUGAUGAAGAUGAUCUCUUCAGUACUGCUAAAACAAACCCUCCGAAAAUAGCAGAGAAGAAAACAGUCAAGACCAGUUCUGUCCCUUCCUCAGAGAAUUGUAAUCCUCUAGAAAAUGCUUUAAGUGCCAAACAGCAUGAAGCUCUGAAGACAGUAACUACAGAGAAAUCUACAGGUCCCGUUCCCAUUAAAACCAAAGAGCCCUCAUCUCGGAUUGGAAAGUUACAAGCUAACUUAGCUAUUAACCCUGCAGCCUUACUUCCUGGUGCAGUGCCUAAGAUCUCCAGUGUAAAGUCCCCUUUCCCCAUUUUGGACACUCCACUGCACGAGCCCAAUGAUGUGCAGAGCAGUGAAGCCUUCCCUGCUGCAGGGAACAAUGAAGAACUAGGUGUAAGCUUUGAUCAGCCUAUGCAAGCGGAUACCUUGCACAGCGCAAAUAAGACCAGAAUCAAGGUUACAGGAAAACGAAGGCCUCCAAGCAGAAUGGCCCGCCGGCUAGCUGCCCAAGAGUCUGGUGAGAGUGAAGAGGUGGACAGUGCUAAAGAACCACAGUUCUCAGUACUAAAACAGAAAUCAGUAGUAGAGAAUGUGAAGGAGCUUGUUGUCACUGAAGCAGAGUCCAAAGAACAUGGUUUUCUCUCAGGCUCAUCACUACCAGCUCAUGGCAGCAUUCUGACAAACAAACUUCCUCCAGAAUCCACGGACCAAGGAGAUGAUCUGUUUGAAUCAGAAGACCUUUUUGCAAGCCGCUCAAUAUCCAGAACAGCUACACAAUCAAAAUUGAGGGAGGAACUACCAGACAGCGUGGCCAACGAACCCGUUAAGGGUAUGGAGAAAAAGCCUGAACUGUCUGUUCUGGGUAAUCAGGACAGCACUGAUCUUUUCCAGUCUGUACAGCAAAAAUCUUCAUCAAAAAACAGCCCUAUAUCUUUCUUGGAGGAGGAGGAAGAUUUUCUUUUCACCAGUCAGAAAACUGGGAAGAAGGAGCUGAAAUCUGCUGUUCGGCAAGCUGUUGACUCUGCUGCACAAGAUAUUUUUGAGGAUGAUAUAUUUGCUACUGAGGCAAUUAAGCCAAUGAACAAAGCAAAAGAGAAAAUGCCAGAGAGUAACCUCUUUGAUGAUAACAUCGAUAUUUUUGCGGAUCUCACUGUAAAACCAAAAGAAAAGAAGACCAAGAAAAAGGUGGAACAAAAAUCCAUAUUUGAUGAUGAUAUGGAUGAUAUAUUCUCUGGCAGCCAGAUCAAGAUACCCACUCCCAAAAGCACAUCUUCCCAGGCAGCCUCAGAAGUGAAAUCUGAAAGCAAGGCUCUGAGCACGUUUGAUGACCCGCUGAAUGCCUUUGGAGGCCAGUAGCCAAUGGGAGUGCAUCGCAGAGAGGAGGCCUUCCCUGUGCCCUGUCCAGUACUAAUACUCCGGAUUCCCUAAUCCAGUAGACCUGAAAUGAGAUGGCUGUGGAUAUUUAAAUGACAGAUUACCCAUUUUAAAUGGUUAGUAUGCUCUUAUGCUGGGUCUAAUUGCGCUUAAUGAUAUAUAUAAGAAGGACAGUAACCUCCUGCUAUUUUUUCCAUGGUGGUCAGAUGAAUAUAGCCUGUGCAAUACCUUCCAUGAAGUUAUCUAUUAUACAAAGUAUAGUUUGUUUUAUUGAACAGAUCUAUGGAGAGAAUCCUUGAUAUUGUUAAAUAGUAAAUUGAGUCUGUUAAAUGA